AUGCCACCCCCAAGAACCUACAAAUCUCCCCUCAAAGGCUACGAAAACGCCCCGACCCUUCCAACCGAAAAGGCCGAAGACGGCAAGAGCCUCCUCAACAUCCAAACCGGCGUCCUCAGCAAAGCCUACGAUGAGUUUCCCGAACCUCUCGACAACGGACCACGAGGUGCCUUCGACAUCCACAUCUACCACCUCCCCAACCAUCCCACCCAAGCUCAAUACGCCGCCGAGCUGCACCAGCGCAUCCGGCGCGAGUUUCCCGAGUUGAGGAUCUACACAUUCUGGACCAAACCCGUGGGUCCGCACCCCAUCGCCAUGUUUGAAGUCAACAUCUUUACGCCGGCACAGUUUGGCGCGUUUGUGGGCUGGUUGGCGAUCUGGAGGGGUCCGUUGAGUGUGUUGAUUCAUCCCAAUACUACUGAACCUACACUUAAAAAGAGUGAAAAUAAGGAAGGGGGAGAAGGAGGAGGAGAACAGGGAGAAGGACAAAAAAUGAGUGAGGCGGAGAAGGAGGCGAGGAAUCAUACGGAACGGGCGAUUUGGAUGGGGGAGAAGGUGGUGUUGAAUACGGAUUUGUUUUGGGAGGUUAUGGAUCAUUGA